AUGGUACUUACCACCCCGUGCCCGCAACCUCAACCUCAUCUCGAUCAGCCAUGGUUCUCUACCACGGCAGACAAGGAAAAAGCGGAGGCUCUGUUGAGUCAAGUGCCAGAAGAUGGUGCAUUCCUUCUGCGGUACUCCAGCAGCGACAAGAGCGUCUUUGUGCUGUCUAUAAGAGUCGAUGGCGAAAUUUGGCAUUAUCGUCUGAAGCGUGAUGGGCGCAUUUUUGUCGUGAAUCAAACGGUGUUCGAGAAUCUCAAUCAAAUUGUCGAGUAUUAUCGUUCUCGAGAAUUUGUGCGCGGAAUAUCUCUGAGGUUCCCGGUGAAUGAAAAAGAAAUCCCCGCGAUUCCUGCGCAUCUAGAGAUAGCCCGAGGAAGUUACCAAGAACUAUCACAAUUGGAGGAAAAGGUGAUGGCACGAGCUUUACGACCCUAUCGAGGCAACGGAGAUGAUGAUCUUUCCUUCCCUGCUAAUGCUAUCAUUACCGUACUCCGGAAAGAAGAGGCACUGUGGACUGGUCGUUAUGGAUCGUCAGUUGGUUGGUUUCCUGCGUCGUAUGUGCAAGAGAUUCUGCCGGAGAAAACUACCCCUACUGGAGUAGCGAGCAACUACAACACUAUUGAACUUGGUGGAACAGUGAUCGAACGGGUGACUGAUGCAGAAAAGCAACAUGUCAUCAAAAUAUCUCAUAGUGCACAACAAUGGAGCGGACAGCAAUGGCUACUGGCUGCUCGAUCUCUGGAAGAGGCCGACGAUUGGCAAAAUCAACUGUGGGAUCUGACCCGUUCCGUAAAUGACAAAAUCAGCGUUUUACGGAUAAAGGAAAAGAGCGCUAGGAUUGCAGCGGAGUUAUCCAAUUUGGUGGUUUACUGCCAAGCGGUCCCAUUCGAUCCGACUCAUGCCCAGACGGGAUCCUUCUACGAGAUGUGUUCAUUUGUCGAGAAUAAAUUGGACAGAUUGAUUGAAAAGGGUUUGGUUUCGUUCAACAUUCGACAGUUAUCACGGGUCUAUCCACAUGGUUCUCGCAUCACCUCGGCGAACUAUAAUCCAAUACCUAUGUGGAAUGCUGGUUGUCAUAUGGUAGCUCUAAAUUAUCAAACGGGUGACAAACCGAUG